CCCUGCCUGGGGGGGCAGCUGGGCAGCCCAGACGGCUCCCGGCCCUCUCCCAGAGCGCUCGGUGCUGGGGCUCCAAGUUGAGCAUUUCGGGUCAAAGUGGCGAGCGCGGCGGGGGCGCGGUGGGCCGCCGGCGAACUCCGGGAGGAGCGGGCUGCCCUUUGGCGCCCGAGGGGUUCUCGCUGCUUCCUCGGCUCCCGCGUCCCGGGCUGUCCUCCGGGGGCUCCUGUCCCUCCGCCGGUGACCCAGGGUGCUGCCCCUCCCCGCUGGCGUUUGUUUACUUUCUCCCCUUGGGUCGCUCCCCUCUGUGGACUGAUUCUGUGCCUGUCUUUCCCUUCCCCGCGGUUCCAGCGACGGAGGAGCGAGCUCUCGUGGAGCUGGAACCCCACAGAUCGCCAGUAAAAAUGAAGGCGGCGGAUGAGCCUGCCUACCUGACAGUGGGAACUGACGUCAGUGCCAAGUACCGAGGUGCCUUCUGUGAGGCAAAAAUUAAGACUGUGAAAAGGCUGGUAAAAGUUAAGGUACUCCUGAAACAGGAUAAUACUACACAAUUGGUGCAAGAUGACCAAGUAAAGGGUCCUUUAAGAGUUGGAGCUAUUGUUGAAACAAGGACAUCUGAUGGAUCCUUUCAGGAGGCUAUUAUCAGCAAGUUGACAGAUGCUAGUUGGUAUACUGUGGUGUUUGAUGAUGGUGAUGAGAGAACACUGAGACGCACUUCACUUUGCCUAAAAGGAGAGAGACAUUUUGCUGAGAGUGAGACACUUGACCAGCUUCCCUUAACAAAUCCAGAGCAUUUUGGAACUCCAGUAAUUGCAAAGAAGACAAACAGAGGAAGGAGGUCCUCUCUUCCUGUUAAUGAAGAUGAAAAGGAAGAAGAAAGUAGUGAGGAGGAAGAUGAAGAUAAGCGACGUCUCAAUGAUGAGUUAUUAGGAAAAGUUGUAAGUGUAGCAUCUACAUCUGAGAAGACUGAUUGGUAUCCUGCUUUGGUAAUAUCACCCAGCUGUAAUGAUGACAUCACAGUGAAAAAAGACCAGUGUUUAGUUCGAUCAUUUCUCGAUUCUAAAUUUUAUUCUAUAGCAAGAAAGGAUAUCAAGGAAGUGGAUAUUCUCAAUCUACCUGAAUCUGAGCUCUCUGCUAAACCAGGGCUGCAGAAAGCAAGCAUCUUCUUAAAAACUAGAAUUGUUCCUGAUAAUUGGAAAAUGGAUAUAAGUGAAAUUCUUGAAUCAUCCAGUAGUGAUGAUGAAGAUGGUCCAGCUGAAGAAAAUGAUGAAGAGAAGGAAAAGGAGGCCAAAAAGGAAGAGGAAGAGGUGCCUGAGGAAGAACUUGAUCCUGAAGAGAGGGACAACUUCCUCCAACAGCUUUAUAAGUUUAUGGAAGACAGAGGUACUCCAAUCAACAAACCACCUGUGUUGGGCUAUAAAGAUCUCAAUCUCUUCAAACUCUUUAGACUGGUUUAUCAUCAAGGUGGAUGUGACAAUAUUGAUAGUGGUGCUGUAUGGAAGCAAAUUUAUAUGGACCUUGGCAUUCCUAUUUUGAAUUCAGCUGCUUCCUACAAUGUAAAAACUGCUUAUAGAAAGUAUCUCUAUGGUUUUGAGGAGUACUGCCGUUCUGCAAAUAUUCAGUUCAGAACUGUUCACCAUCAUGAACCAAAAGUAAAAGAAGAAAAAAAAGACUUAGAAGAAUCAAUGGAAGAGGCUUUAAAAGUAGAUCAAGAAAUGCCUUUAGUGGAAGUGAAGAGUGAACCUGAGGAAAAUAUUGAUUCAAACAGUGAAAGUGAAAGAGAAGAAAUAGAAUUAAAAUCUCCAAGAGGACGAAGGAGACUAGCUCGAGAUGCAAAUUCUAUUAAAAAGGAAAUUGAAGAAGAGAAAACGGAAGACAAAUUAAAAGACAAUGAUAUUGAAAAUAAGGAUGUAGUUGAUGACUAUGAAACCGCAGAGAAAAAAGAAAAUGAGCUACUACUGGGAAGAAAAACCACACCAAAGCCGAAGGAGAAGAAGAUUAAAAAGCAGGAGGAUUCUGAUAAAGACUCAGAUGAAGAGGAAGAGAAAAGCCAAGAGAGGGAAGAAACUGAAAGCAAAUGUGACUCUGAAGGGGAGGAAGAUGAGGAAGACAUGGAACCCUGCCUAACAGGAACCAAAGUGAAAGUAAAAUAUGGCCGAGGGAAAACGCAGAAAAUCUAUGAAGCUAGUAUUAAAAGCACUGAAAUUGAUGAUGGAGAAGUUUUAUACUUGGUACAUUACUAUGGAUGGAAUGUCAGGUAUGAUGAAUGGGUGAAGGCUGACAGGAUAAUCUGGCCUUUGGACAAAGGUGGACCAAAGAAGAAACAGAAGAAAAAAGCAAAAAAUAAAGAAGACAGUGAAAAGGAUGAAAAGAGGGAUGAGGAGAGGCAGAAGUCAAAACGAGGACGGCCUCCUUUAAAAUCUACACUUUCAUCAAACAUGCCAUAUGGUUUGUCUAAGCCUCCAAACACUGAAGGAAAAUCAGGUACCAGAAGUGCUCGCAGCAAUAUGCCAGACAGCUCACCUCUGUCAAAUGGAAUGGAAGACUCUUGCUCAUCUGAUAGUGAAACAGAAGACCUUUUAGAAAAGAAUUUGAUGAAUGAAGAACUUUCUCCUGAUAUUAAAGAACUAGAAAAAAAUGAGAAUUUAAAUGAUGAUAAACUAGAUGAAGAAAAUCCAAAGAUUGCUGCACAUAUUUUAAAAGAAAAUGAAAGGACGCAAAUGCAGCCUUUAGAAACACUGAAUUUAGAAGUUGGAGAGAAUGAACAAAUAGUACAGAUUUUUGGAAAUAAAGUGGAACAUGUAGAAGAAGUUAAGAAAGAAGCUGAAAAGUCUCCCAAAGGAAAGGGAAGACGAAGCAAAACAAAAGAUCUUUCUUUAGAACUUAUAAAGAUUUCAUCGUUUAGCCAAGAUGAAGCAGGAAGUGAACCUCAUAUAGAAGCUCAAAGUCUAGAAUUUUCUUCAUUAGACAGUAAAAACUUUUCUUCUACUACCGAAGAUGACACUGACCAAUGUGCGAAAGAAAAAAAGCUGAAACGUAAAAUACUGGGACAGUCAUCACCAGAGAAAAAAAUAAGAAUUGAGAAUGGAAUGGAAAUGACAAACAGCAUCUCUCAAGAAAAGACCAGUGACUGUGUUGCAUCUGAGGGAAUGAAAAAUUUAAAUUUUGAACAACAUUUUGAAAUAGAAAAUGAAGGAAUGCCAUCAUUAAUUGCAGAGUCAAGCCAACGCAUUCAAGAAUUAACUAGUGAAAAAUUUGACAGUCCAGCUGAAGAAACUGUAAAUACUCCACUGAAAGAAGAGGAGGAUGCAAUGCCUCUGAUUGGGCCUGAGACUCUGGUUUGCCAUGAGGUCGAUUUGGAUGAUCUGGAUGAGAAGGAGAAGAGCAGCAUUGAAGAUGUGGUGGUGGAAAGCUCUGAGUCUAACUCUCUUGUUUCUGUGCCGCCAGCCCUCCCUCCCGUAGUACAGCAUAGUUUUUCAGUGGCUUCACCACUAACCCUCAGCCAGGAUGAGUCUCGGAGUAUAAAAAGUGAGAGUGACAUAACCAUUGAAGUUGAGAGCAUUGCUGAAGAAUCUCAAGAAGGUCUUUGUGAGAGGGAAUCAGCAAACGGGUUUGAAGCUAGUGUUGCCUCCAGUACCUGUAGUCUGAUUGUUCAAGAAAGAGAGAACAGAGAGAAGGGUCAGAAAAGGCCAAGUGAGGGAAAUAGUGGGUUAGUGGCAAAAAAGCAAAAGCGUACCCCAAAGCGAACGAGUGCUGUAGCCAAAAGUGAAAAGAACGGAACAGGACAAAGCAGUGAUAGUGAAGAUCUUCCUGUCCUAGACAAUUCAAGUAAAUGUACACCAGUAAAGCAUCUUAGUGUGUCUAAGCCACAGAAGCUUGCACGAUCUCCUGCAAGAAUUUCCCCUCACAUCAAAGAUGGAGAAAAAGAUAAACACAGGGAAAAACAUCCAAAUUCAUCCCCUAGGACAUAUAAAUGGAGCUUUCAACUCAAUGAAUUAGAUAAUAUGAACAGUACAGAGCGAAUCUCUUUUCUCCAAGAAAAAUUACAGGAAAUCAGAAAAUAUUACAUGUCUUUGAAGUCUGAAGUUGCAACCAUAGACAGGAGGAGAAAAAGAUUAAAAAAGAAAGACAGAGAAGUGUCUCAUGCAGGAGCCUCCAUGUCAUCUGCUUCGUCAGACACUGGGAUGAGUCCCUCAUCAUCAUCUCCCCCACAAAAUGUACUUGCUGUAGAAUGCAGGUGAUAAACGUUUUUCUCUGCCUUCCCAGCAGUUUGCUGCCAUGGACAUAAAUCCUAAAACCCUGAAAUACAACCACAGAAAGCACUCAACUGGUUUGACAUUGCUAAGUAUAUCCUGUAUACCUUUCCAGGCUGGACUGUAUCUAUUCCCCCCUCUUUUCUUUUUUUCUGUUGCAAAAAGUAAGCUGAUUAAUAAUUGAAGGUUAGGCAGCCUGCCAUAUUUGUCUAUAAUUUUUCCUCUUUAAUUUUUUUUCAUUUUUUUGUGAAGAUAGAAAAAGGGCACUUAGCAAAUCUGAAUUUGUAUAAUAAAGCUUUCAACUGUUAUAGAAAUCAUAGACAAGCAAGUGCACAUGAAAAACAUCAAAAUAUUAUCCAGCUGAAUAGUGACUGCUGCACUUUCACUAAGAUGUAUUUGAACACUUGGUGAGUAGGGGGUUUAUGUUGUGGGGUUUUUUUUUUUAUUGUUGUUGUUGUUUUUUAUUUUUGUGGAAGCACUUGCUAUUUAGAACUGCCAAAGUAUAUGUUCAGCAGUGUGCCCAGGCUUAAAGGUGUAAAUGGGACAAAAUAAAUUGUGAAAGGAAGUGUAGUUGACUGAAAACUACAGUUGUAAUAAGUCUUCCACUUUUUAUAGGAUUUUUGAGCACACAAUUAUGCAAAUAUUUUAAUGUUUAUUAAUGUUUACAGUGGAAUUGUGAAUAAGUUUUCAGUGGACUAUCUUAUCCCUUGACAAAAAUAUUUUGUCUUUUUUCUAUGUAAUUUCAGAGUUUUUAUUUUGUUACAAAAAGACAAAAAUGAAAUAUAUAACAACAAUGAAGUUAUUUAACAAGAUUUCUAAAGCUGAAAAUUUUGUGUAAAAUAAGGUAUUAUCUUGCAACUUGUUAAAUAUAUUUAUUCAGACAUUGGAUGUUGUAUUUUUAUGUAUUUUUUAAAAUAUUAAUAAAAUUGAAAAAAAGAAAAUUCUAGGUUAAUUCACUCUUUGGAUGACAGUAGCUCUCAGCUGUCCCUUUUACAGGAGGUUGCAUCCAGUAGCUUUGCCUGUGUUGAAGGGAGUCUGUCUCAGUCCUUCAAACAGUAUAGAACUAUAAAUGGGCAUCUGGAUCAUUAAAGUAUGUCCUCGUUUAGAAACUUUGGCAGUCCUAGUAUUUAAACUGUUUUGAGGAUCAAAUUUUUGGUUGCCCUUAAGAUACUUUGUCAUAGUUUUUUGUUUGCUAUACUGCCGAAUAAAUUUCUAUCUCCCAAAGUUGAGAUGCAACAACUAAGUAAAGCAACUAUGUAUGCUGUGUCUGUGAAUUGUUCCACAGACUGAUACGUUUUGUAAAUAAGUCCAAAAUCAUGUAUUUAAAGCAUUUUUGCCAUAUACAUUAUGUAAAAAGGUGAUUUUUUAAAAUCAGUUUUUAAAUUCAUGUUUGUACAUUGAAAGGGGUUUUUUUUUAACCUCCUUUUCUGUGUUUAAUAUGCUGUAGAGUAAUAACCUAGAUGCUCUAGACUGUAUAUCAGGAUCUGAUUUACAAGAACAAAGUCAGAGCCAAACACUAGUGAUGGCAUAGCAUUACUGAAAUCAUUGUUUCUUAAUUUCAUUUUACCACAUUGUGAACUUGUGAUUCAGAUUCCUUCCAUUUUCGCAGAGAAUUAAAAAGAAAAAAGUACUCUUGUAAAAUGCACUUUUCUGUCUUUUCUUUGCAAAGCAGAAGUAUUUCAAUGUAAAAUAAAAAUGGAGCUCAGUGGGCAGUAUUAAUAAAGGCCAUGUUUUAAACAUA